AGGGAAAAAGAAAAAGAACACGACCUAAACAUGCGGCCCGUUCGCUUUUUCUCUGACGGAAGGCUUUAAGGUUACUAACUAUCAAACUACUCCGUUUUAGGGGCUGCCGCUCUCUCUCUCACGUCGUCUUGCUUCAAUCCACCAAAAUCGCCUCUCCUCAGUCCUCUCUCCGCCUCACGCACGUCCUGCUUCACCUCCGAGCUUUGGACGCAGUGUCUGUCUAAGGAAUUUCUCUGAUUUCCGAAGCCAUUGCAUCUUACUGAGGAUCUGAUUCAACUAGACUCCGUCUGUUUUCUACUUAAUACAGCCCCUUCACCUCGCCUCGUCAUUUCGGCCGGUCCGUCUUUUCAUUGCCUUCCCUCAGACUCGCCUCUCUCUUGUCUUUUCAUUCCGAUUCCGCCGACAGUCGAAUACAUAAAGCCGAACUUGUGCUACGCCGACGCAUACAAUAAGUACUAGGCUCGUGUGGGAUGUGGUCUGAAGUUACUCCGACGAACUCUUUCUAGCCUCUGUCGUCACACAACUUUCUCAAUGGGGAAUUCGCAGGGGAAGCCGGUGUGCUCCACCGAUGAAGUCAACCUGAACCAAUUCCGAUUACUUCGAGUGGUCGGGAAAGGUGCUUUCGGAAAGGUUCGUAUCGUGGAGAAAAAGGAUACCGGGUUGACAUUUGCGCUCAAAUACAUCCGAAAAGAAGAAGUGGUUCGGUCGGAAAGUGUACGGAAUAUUAUCCGUGAACGGAGAAUGCUCGAGCAUUUGAACCACCCAUUCCUGUGCAACUUAAGAUACAGCUUCCAAGAUAUAGAGUAUAUUUAUAUCGUGGUGGAUCUAAUGAAUGGUGGUGAUCUACGGUUCCACAUCUCAAGGAAAUGCUUUACAGAAGAAGCAGUGCGCUUUUGGGCGGCUGAACUCGGGUGUGCUCUGAGAUAUAUCCACUCGCAAGGCAUCAUUCAUCGGGACGUGAAGCCGGACAAUGUGCUCCUGGACUCCGAAGGACACGUCCACUUGGCUGAUUUCAAUGUGGCUUCGGACUUUCGUCCCGGAAAGCCUCUCACUAGUAAAUCGGGGACCCUGGCAUAUCUUGCGCCCGAAGUAUACGAGGGCGGCGGAUACUAUUGCGAAGUCGACUGGUGGUCCCUGGGUGUAACGUUCUACGAAUGUAUCUACAACAAGCGACCAUUUGAAGGUCGUAGCCAGGACGUAUUAAGCGAAAACAUAAAGAAAGCCCAGCCGAAGUACUAUGUCACUAAUCCGGCAGUCUCGGUUCCAUGUUUGCGAGCGAUGGGUGCAUUCAUGGAGAAGGACCGAAGCAAACGGAUUGGCGCCUCCAGUUGGGAGAGUUUUAUCUCUCACCCCUUCUUCGCUGAAAUCGAUUUUGUAGCGCUUGAGCGCAAGGAAGUCCCGCCUGUGUUCAGGCCCUCUAGCGAUAAGACAAACUUUGACGCCACAUAUGAUCUGGAGGAGUUGCUUCUUGAGGAGGCGCCACUCGAGGCCAGAGCUCGCCGACAGAAACCACGAGCAGAAUUAAGAGAAGACGCUACAGCGAAGGAAAUCAGAGAAGAUGAGCUUCACCGUCUGAUUGAAACUAUGUUCGAGCCAUUUGAUUACACGACCGUGACUUUCCAAGGAAAUGCCGCGGAAGCUAUUGCAGCGUCGAAGAACCCCGAAGACUGCCUUCCCCCAACUGGCUCGACGCACUCCCGACAGUAUUCGCAGACCGAUUCUUCGAGAAACUCGCCUCCCUUGCGCAACAAUGAUGGGUCAGUGAGCCGACUGACUCAGCCUGAAACACCGUCACCCCACGGUGAGACCGUGGAUCAUCAGGAUUCUAUCCCGAACAAUGCUCCUACCUCUCCCACCUCCCACCCACAGCCGCCACCCUCACCAGCCCCACAGUUCCAUCGUCCAUUCCAUCCCCAGCCUCACCCUGCGGCCAACAAUCUCCCCCCAACCAACCCCAACCCUGUGCCUGGUCGUCCGAGGGGAGCAACACGGAAAACAAGCAAAGGUGGUGGUGUGCAGAUGGUGCUCGAGGAAGCAGGCAGUUGGAGUGAAUUGGCUGAUCAAAGCUCGACCCUCCCAGCCGAAGGUUAUGAUGCCGGUUCUAUCAAAGGAAAAUCCUCGAACAGCGGAAUGCUGUCCUUCCUGAGCCGGAAGAAGGGCCGUGACAGGAGUCCAAAGCCACAGGAGCCAGGUGUUCUGGGCAAAGAAGGAGCUAGACAGAUCAUUAGCUGAGGAGGACAUGGAUCAAUUUAAGUUGCAGGGGCGACAUGACGCGCCUUGCCUUCCGUCGGCCUCGACUCUUGAGCCAGCCGGGCAAGCAUCGGCCUGUCGAAAUGGAAUCCCCCUCCUCUUACAGCAUUGAACAGAUCGCUGACAUGUUGCACCACUGGCUGGCCCAACUAAGAUUGGUCGCAUCAUGGCGUCUAAUGCAAUAUAUCUUGCGA